CGCAGCCGCGGGAGCACACACACCGUGCGUUGUUAGAGAACGUGUUCCCCUGGUUUUGGUUCAGUGUGUGAUUAUUUUGUUUCCGCCGCUCGCCAGAAAUGAAGUCCUUAUUAUGUUUUCUUUUUUUUAAAUCCUUGAAUUUGGCGUUCAUAUGAAAAAUGUCGUUGAUAUUGAACUGUUUGAGAAGUUAAGUAACAUGCCUCAACACAUUCUUGAUAACAUCAACAGCCUAAUAUCAAUCAAACGUUUACUGAAGACUAUUUGACAGCAAGGCGCCUUAAACUUCCGUAUUCAAGAUGGUACACCGUGUCCCCCACCACCGCCAACAGAUAUUUAUUGUCCACAUCUCGGAGGGCACAAAAUCCAACCAACUCACACCUCCCUGCCCUCCGCCCACGCCCUUGCCUUCAGAAGUGAAAUACUCAGCCACCCUCGUCCGUGUCUUAGGUUGCAUUCACUUGAGCCUUGGUGCCGUUACUUUUAUGUUAGGAUUUCUAGGAAAAUUGGUGGAACCAGAAACGAGUUGGGCGGGCGCAGGCAUCUGGGGUGGCCUUGUGGCUAUGACCUGCGGCCUGACGGGGCUGCUUGCCCAUAAACUCUGGUACAAGAAUUUUAGCAUCAAGACGUUCUUGGUCGCCUCUGUGACUUCUGUUGUUAUUCACAUACUGGCCAUUGUCCUCACGAUCUAUGCCGUCAUUAAUCGACAUGAACAUUACCGCUACCUGAUGGAGGAGGCCGAAAAGAAUCCUUGGUAUCGUCCAUAUAACCUGGAGGAAGAGGAGCAUCAGCUGACCCUAAGCAUCAGUGUCAAUCAGCUAGUAGGAUUUACCUUUGAACUGAUUUUGUCCCUGUGGUCGAUGCAUAUAGGAUGGCAGGGCGUAUGUGCUGAGGAGUUUACUUCGAUUAGGAAAGAUGUUGGCUUGCCAACCGUGGCAAAUCGUACCCAACAAGUGCCUGUCUCUGCUAUCUACCAACUCUUACAAACUCACCCAGAAUUAAUCGCGCUUAAAGAUAAUGGGAAUCUUGAACCAGCUUGGGAGCGGGACGAACGACAUCCCCACUUUUCUAUGGAUUAUCAAGAGAGGUUCAACUUCUACCUUACUCGUGGUAUUGAGGAUGGCAGUCUUUCUCCUUCGAGCGACAUUGUCGACAUUCGAGAUACUCCGUCACCUGACGGCGGUCGUGGGUCUCCUGCUGCGAGUUCUACUGAGGCUGUUGUAUUCCCUGUGGCUAAAAACCGCUCGAGUAAAACUGGCCUCAAACAUAACAAAGAAAAUAGUUACUCAAACAAAUCGCUCGACGAACGUAAAAAACACCCAGAAAAUGAAUCUAAGUUCAGAUCUCCAGCGCCAAAAUUCCAAGUCCAAAAUGCAGAUGAAACAAAUGGCUUAGAAAUAAAAAACGAUCUCUUACAAAAAACACAGAAAAGCGAUAAGAAAGAAGAGUAUCAAAUGGGAACUUCUGAAAAAAUGCCUUCAAGUACUGAAAAUGCAACUAUAAACACAACCAAAGAAAGCACACACAGCAGGGUUGGAAUAAUGAAUAAGAAAGAAGAAACACUGAAUGAUCAAGCCAAAAGACUCGGUGAAAAGGAAGCUAAAGGUGAGAACAAUAAACAAAUGAGAACAGAUCGACUAAGCGAUAUUUCUGAGGAAAAUCAAGAAUCGGACGAGAAACAGAAGCGUGUAGAGCAACCCGCUGAAACAAGAAUGAAUGAGGACAGUCACGGAAACAAAGAUUCGUUAGAUCGUCUGGAAUAUAAUCCGGAAGAAACCAGUGCAGAAGAACCACUGGACCUCAUUACGAACCUGAACCCUCCCAGCCAGUUUCAGGACUUGUAAUAAUCUCUGCAGUCGUUGAGUAAGCUGUAGGGAUAAAUUUCAUUGAGUGUAUAAAAAGUUGAUGUUUCUACUGAACCUGAUUAAGGUUGCUUGUGUUACUGUAAAGCCCGAAACUGACAGUUUAUUGACGUAAUGGAGAAUUAUAAUUCAUUAAGUUUCAUACAUACAGUUCAGUCAUAGAUUUAUCUUCUCACUAAACCAUCCACUGUAAUUAUAUAUGGAUAUAUGUGUG